AAAAUAUAUUAUAUUACAGCGAUAUGUAUGUUAUCCAUCAAUAGUGGAAUUAGGAAUUCAAACGAGAGAAUUAAAAAAAAAUUAUGUCAAACGAUUUCAAUAAAUGAUUUUUAUCCUAUUUUGAUAAUAUAGUAUUUCAAUGAUGGGGGUUGAGUCGUUGGACCCCCUUAACCCCUCUGACCCUGCCCUCAAUUAAAUAUAGCAGCACAUGAAUCAAAGUCUUUAUCCUACAUUAUAAGGGCCAGAGUAUUAUGAUCUACAGAUAGGAAUUAUGUACAUCCACGUUCUCCAUUAAGAAGUGAUCAAGUUUCCAUUACCCUUGGUACUAAGUUUUUCUUUUCAACUCUUUUCAUCUAUUUUGUUAUAUAUAUAUAUAUAUAUAUAUAUAUACAUAUAGAGAGAGACAAACUUUCUUUGUCCAUUUUGUCUCUUCUUUCUAUGGCCCCAAUAGAGAAAGGCAAAUUUUCUGAAGAGCUAGUGAAUAUACUCAAAUCUUUAGCUUUAGAAUGGGGGGAUAAUUUAGAAGAAGAUAUUGAUAGGAGUUUGGAAAUUUCCCCUUUAGAUGGUGCUGGAUUUCUUAAUAAACUUUAUAAGAUAAGAUGGGCAAUAUCAAAAGAGGAAUAUCAAAGUGGUGAUAGAGAGGUAUUGGUUAGAAUUUAUGGGAAAGGAAUGGAGAUUUUUGUGAAUAGAAAAGAGGAAGUUGCAACAUUUGAGUGGUUAUCUCAACAAGGUGAAGGACCUAAACUUUAUGGUUGUCUACCAAAUGGGAGAGUUGAAGAGUUCAUCCGUGGCAGGACACUAUUUCCUUAUGAGCUUCGCAUUCCAGAAAUCUCAGCUUUGGUGGCAGCAAAAGUAAGAAAAUUCCAUAGCCUUGAAAGGCCUGGUCCAAAGCAUGUUAUAAUAUGGGAUAGAUUGAGGAGUUGGUUGAGCAACGCCAAGAAGAAGUGCUCCCAUGAACAUAUAAUGGAGUUUUCCUUGGGCAAUUUAGAAGAAGAAAUCAACUCUAUGGAAAAUAUAUUGUCAACGGAGUCUCAAGUCAUUGCUUUUUGUCACAAUGACUUGCAUUAUGGCAACAUGUUGUUCAAUGAAACAACUCAAAGUCUUACCCUUAUUGAUUACGAAUUCUCUGGCUAUAAUCCAAUUGCCUAUGAUUUUGCCAAUUACUUUUGUGAAAUGGCAUCAGAUUAUUAUUCUGAUACACCUCAUCUUAUGGACUUCAGCAAAUAUCCUGGUCUAGAGGAACGGCAUAAUUUUAUCAGAAUGUAUCUUACUUCUGCAGGGUGCGAGCCAAGUGAAUUAGAAGUGGAACAAUUGGCUGAUGAUGCAGAGAAAUAUACACUUGCAAGUCAUUUGAUAUAUGGACUCUGGGGAAUCAUCUCGGUUACAAAUGCAAGGAAUGAUGAUAGCUUUGACUACGUCAAACAUGCCAGACAGAGAUUUGAGCAGUAUCAAUUGAGAAGGUUCAAACUCUUCCGGGCUGAAAACUUGCCGAAUUCAACAUGAUUGAUUGAUUUUUAACUCUACAAGUUAACGUUACCAAUUGUCAAAUUUAUUGGUAAUAUUAAUUUUAUGCUUCUUGUAAUGCUUUACAUGAAUUGAGGUCUAUCAAAAAUAAUUUCUCUAUCUUCAUGAAAUAGGAAUAAGAUUGUGUACGUAUCAAUCUCUGAAUUGUGAAAUUAAAUUGAAUAGUAUAUUAUUAUUGCUUUUUCA